GCCCCGUUGAAUAGUAUAUCAUCAAGCUUUCUUCAAGAGAUCGGAGCAUUAUAGCUAGGUAUAGUGUUGGAGAAGAUGACCAGGAAACAAAGCACGAAGACUAUCCGUUUGGUGGUGCUCACCGUUGUUCUUAUAGGAUCAAUUAUAUUUUUAUGGACUUCAGAUAUUCACAAGACCGUCUUGACGAGUCUUGAAGAAAAUGAAGCUAAGAAGGUUAGUCAAAUGCCGCCAAUACAUCAACCGGUGGACUCCAAGGAAGGUGACGGAGAUAAGGGGAAGAGUGGUAAGGGGAAGGAGAAUAAGAAGGUUGAUGGGAAUAAGGAUAAGCCAAAGGAGAAACCCAAAGAUGCUCAGAAGGGUAAGUCGAAAGAUUCAAAGAAACAAGGUAAGCCCAAGGCCCCUGUUUAUAAGAAUCCAGUGAAUGGAGAGGAGAAAGGGAAGGAAGCGGAUAAGGAGAAAGGAGCUAAGAAUAACGAAGAUAACGAAGGAUUUAAUGCAUUUCAAUACUAUCAAGAUUCAAGGAAGAAACCGCAAAAGGGAUCGAAAAAACUUAAGGAUUCUAAAAAUCCAAACGGGUUUUUGGGAGAUACCACCGAAAUCAGCCCAGAAGAUAAGGAUGCAUUAUCUGGAUUAUAUGAUGAAGGUGAAGAACCAAAAGCCAAUGAUAAACCUCCACUUGGGGCACCGGGUCCUAAUGGAUUUGAUAUUCCAGAUAUCCCAGCUACUAUCGAAGAUAAAGAUUUUGCCAAUGUGCCUAGUUUUUUCACUGAUAAAAAAAUUGAAAAUCUUAAAUUCCGGAUUUAUUCUCAUAACGUCAAGAAUGGGGGUCAUCAAGAUUUAGUGGAAGGAGAAGAGCCUUGGGCCGAUAGGUUCCAUAAGAUAACCAGCUCCAUCAAGUUGAACUCGAUGGUUAAUACUGUUGUUACUUUACAAGAGGUUUAUCGUUUCCAAUUAGAUGAUAUAAUGGCAGAUUUAAACCGAUUUUCGCCUUCCAAUAAACCAGAAUGGUCUUUUUAUGGUCAAGGACGUAUUGAUGGUAAAGAUACCGGGGAGUUUGUUCCAAUCAUCUAUAAAAACGAUGAAUGGGAGUUGGUUUUCAGCGAUACUCUUUGGCUUAAUGAAAAGGAUCCAAGAACUGCCUUGGAAGGUUGGGAUGCUAAAUAUUUGAGAAUUGUGUCCAUGGCUACUUUAAAACAUCGUAAUACCGGUAAUUACAUCAAUAUUUUCAAUGCCCAUUUCGAUCAUGUUGGAGAAGUUGCUCGUAUUGGUUCAGCUCAAUUAAUUUCUAAACAAAUGGCUCAAAUUAAUGAAUGGCCUUCAUUUUUGAUGGGUGAUUUGAAUACUCCAGUAACCGAAAACGCUUAUACCUUAUUGACUGAUAAAUUAAAGGACCUGUCUUCCUUAACUACUCCUUUCAAUCAUUAUGGACAUUCGAAAUCAACCAUUACGGGAUUCGAAGGUCAAUAUUUAGCUAAUGGUGGUGAGUGUAUUGAUUACAUUUUCGCUCCGAAAUAUGCCACUAAAAUUGAUCAAAAACCAAAUUGUAACUCUAAAGACGAAAAUAAUGCUUCUAAAUACUUAUCGUUGAAAUUACAUGGAUUUGGCUUAAUGCAUUCCAAAUUUGAUGGGUUGUAUAUGAGUGAUCAUCGUCCUUUGGUAGCAGAUUAUGUGUUAUCGUCGAAACAAUGUUGAGCCAUCCAAUAGCACUUCAAGCAUAAUUCACUUCUCUUCUUAUGUCUAUA